AUGUUGGGUGUGGUCACAGCAUUCAAAGAUCAGGAACCAACACAAAAACGGAACUGUGGUUCUCCUGAAAUUGAUUUCUUCUUUACAAUUACAACAGGCGAACAUCACAAAAGUAGUGUGAAAAGCAGGCGAUACGAUCUGAAUCACCUUGUCUCCCUAACGAUGUAUGGUGUAACGACGUGUCUCAGGUUUCCAGGACAGUUGACUGCAGACUUGCACAAAUUAGCAGUUAAUAUGGCUCCUUUCCCACGCGUACUGUUUCAGCCUGGGUUUGCCCCACUGACGGCUCAUGGCAAUCAGCAGUAUAGAGCCCUCACUGUUCCAGAGCUUACGCAACAGAUGUUUGAUGCUAAGAACAUGAUGGUAGCUUGUGAUCCUCGCCAUGGUCGAUACUUGAAUCUUGCUGCUAUCUUCAAUGGUAAAAUGUCCAUGACGGAAGUGGAUGAGCAAAUACUCAACGUUCAAAAUAAGAAAACCAGCUACUUUGUUGAAUGGAUCCCAAAUAAUGUUAAAACUGCUAGGUGUGACAUUCCACCCCGUAGGCUGAAAAUGGCUGUUGCAGUCAUUGGAAAUUCUACUGCUAUUCAGGAGCUCUUCAAGCGUAUAUCUGAGCAGGUUACUGCUAUGUUCCCACAUAAAGAUUCCCUUCAUUGGUACACUGGAGUGGGGAUGGAUGAAAUGAAGUUUAUUGAGGCAGAGUCGAAUAUGAAUUACUUGGUGUCUGAAACAGUCUUUCAGCAAUAUGGAGAAGCUACUGCAGAUGAAGAUGUUGAAUUUGAUGUUGAAGAAGAGGAAGAGAUGGAAGAUGAAAAGUAG